AGUCAUCUACAAUUAUUCUGUUAGAAUACAGGCGACUGCCGCACUUAGACCUCGAACGUUCAACAUGGACGUGAUUCCUCCAGAGUACGAUGAGGCAACGAAGGAGCGCGUGUAUCGCCAGGAGUGGCUCGAACACUUCCACUACAUCGGAUACGAAGCUGCGCUGCGUGACUUCCCGGCGCAGUACCACGCGUUGUUCCCUCACGGGCAUCAGCGACCGCCGAUGCGACCAGUUCAGGUCCCCACCGCGGGACCUGCUGGUGAGCCGCCCCAGCAGCAGCAGCAGCAGAGAGCGGAGAACGACCGCGCCGUGCCUGCAACGUCGGCCACCGCGCCCACCGGCUCCUCUGCCCUCACCAACACGCAAGAAGGUGCGCGCCGACCCGCGGAGGCAGAGCGCCGCGAUGGCCGAGAGCUGCGUAGCGAUCGAGAGCGACGCCCGCAUAGCAGUCGGCGCGACGACGACGACGACCACGAGCGCAGUCGCCGCCACCACCACCAUCGCCACCGCAGCGACUCCGAGCGCCGCAGCGACCGCGGCCACCACCGCAGUUCUCGCGACGACGGACAGUACGGCGGUAACAGCAGCAGCGGUAGCCGCCGUCGUCGUCGCUCCGACGAGCGGGAAGAGCGUCGGGUGCGGCACUCGUCGUCGCACGAUGACGAUAGCCGUCGGUCUCGCCGCGAAGGGGACAUCGGGUCGUCACGCAGUCGUGCAUACGAAGAGCGCCGCGAGGACGCUCUACGCCGGCGUGCUCCAAACUACCGGCGUUGA